AUGCAUUUCAUCUACGCAUCCACGGCCUUGUUGGCCUCUGCCACUCUUUCAAUCGCCGCCCCGGCCGCUGACGUCGUCGGACGCAAGACCUUCCAGGUUGCACAGGUUGCGCACGGCACAGUCCGCAAGAAUGGUCCCAUCCAGAUGUUGAAGACGUACGAGAAGUACGCCAAGGUCGGCGCUCAGGCUCCUCCCAGCGUCGUCUCAGCUGCUCGUGCUGCUUCCCAGAGUGGCAGCGUUGCUGCCAACCCAGAGGAGAACGACCAGGCCUACCUUUGCCCGGUCAAUGUUGGCGGAACGACUCUCAACCUGGACUUUGAUACUGGCUCUGCGGAUCUCUGGGUCUUCUCCUCGCUCAUGACCAAGAGUGAGCAGGCUGGCCACUCUAUCUACAAGCCCUCUUCGUCGGCCAAGGAGCUCCAGGGCGCUUCUUGGAACAUCAGCUACGGUGACGGCUCCGGUGCGUCUGGCACUGUCUACGCUGACAAGGUUGUCGUUGGCGGCGUGACUGCCACUUCCCAGGCUGUUGAGGCUGCUACCUCCGUCUCCGCUCAAUUCACCCAGGACCAAGACAACGACGGUCUCCUCGGCCUCGCCUUCAGCUCCAUCAACACUGUCCAGCCCGAACAGCAAACCACCUUCUUCGACACCGUCAAGAGCAGCCUCGCCAAGAAGCUCUUCACCGUCGACCUCAAGGCUGGCGAAGCCGGCACCUACGACUUCGGCUACAUCGACAGCUCCAAGUAUACCGGCAGCCUGGUCUACGUCCCCGUCGACGAUUCUCAAGGUUUCUGGGGCUUCACCGCUGGCGGCUACUCCGUCGGCUCCGGCAAUUCAUCCACCUCCAGCGGCAACAUCGGCAGCGCCAUCGCCGACACCGGCACCACCCUCCUCUACCUCCCCACCAGCGUCGCCUCCGCCUACUACAAGAAGGUCUCCGGCGCCAAGAUCGACAACCAGCAGGGCGGCUACGUCUUCCCAUGCUCCAGCAAGACCCCCGAUUUCAACGUCAACAUCGGCGGCAAGACCCUCACUGUUCCCGGCAAGUACAUCAACUACGCCCCUGUCGACCAGAGCGGCCAGCAGUGCUUCGGCGGUAUCCAGCCCAACACCGGCAUUGGCUUUACCAUCUUCGGCGACAUCUUCCUCAAGGCCAUGUUCGUUGUCUUUGACGAGUCGACUGGCUCGCCACGUCUUGGCUUUGCUGAGCAGUAG